AUCCGUUUUAAACAGUUCCGUUUCCGUUCUGGCAUCUAGUUGAAAAUCAUUUUAUGUAUAAGUUAAUGAUUAGAACCUUUUUUGCUAAGAUUAUAACAGUGGUGUGAUAAUUUUUUGGCAAAUAAACAACGAUACUGAAAGACUGCUUAACAGAUAGCACAGAUGACUUACACGCAGGUUUGACACGGAAGAAUGUCACAGAAACCACUUCGACUGUAUUUCGAAUUUGGCCCGGGUGGAACAAGAGUUACUGCAGCUGAGUCUUAGUAAUUUUUGUUGUCUUCCUCUUUGCCCGGGUCUGCUCUGACUGAUCCUGGACGCAAUGUAGCAAAUGUGGAGCUUAUUGACAUUUAAUAGCAAGGAAGCAUAUGUAACUGGUGCAUAAAAGAAAAAUAUAUUUUUGUUUUAUUUUGUAAGACCUUCCUUACAAUCUAUGCAUCCUGGAUGACCAGUUCUGAUACAUGUUUGGACACAGUUCCUUCAAGUCAAUUACUGCAUACAGGUCAGCGGAAGAGGAAAUGACCAGACAUCUACGCGUAGGAAGAAAUACACAUCUGUUGAGGGAAGAAGAAAUCCUAUGUUACAGGGAGUUCUAACGAGCCUGUAUUCUGGGACUCAGAUGAGUGUAUUACGUUUCUUGGAAAGGAAAGUUAUGUUCUUGUGAUUUCUGAGGCCACAGUAUUCUGGAAACUUAAUUAUUAUAUUUCGAAUUGCCCAUUGUGUCACUCAUUGGUGUACACAUUUCUGAAAGUUAUGAUAUCUUAUUCUGUAACGACCGAGAAACGGUUAAGAAAGCUCACCUGUUUCCGUUUUAGUAGUUCCGCUUCAGAUCGAGAAUGUGUUAUUGACCAUUAUAUGACUGAUUGAAAGAAACAAACACAUACGUCAGUUUCUUAUUAGCGAUACAUUUAAAGGCUGUGUGAAAAUGGUUGCAUUAUCUACAUGCUACAAGACCUACAGAUAUCUGAGAUUAUGUGGGAAUGUGUGAAGCGCUUGGAUAUCUGUGAACAAUCGCUUCUAAACUAUUAGAUAUAUCUAUUUUGUGUCAAAUCUUGCAAGAGUAAGAACCUGCGGAUUUUAUAUCUACCGGUAAAAUACAAAAAGGAACAGAGAAUAAAUUACAAAGCGAGCGCUGUGAAAGUUGUGAAAAUAUCAAGUUUUCUUCGAGAAUUGCUGAACUUCCUGUGAUAUACUCGGGUUUGUGUUCGUGUGUGAAGUGAAAAGUAUAUAAGCUUUCGGUGAGAAGGGAGGAACGAGGGAAUAAAAUGGUGACUAGUGGAGGAUGAGAGAUGUCCUAGAGUGAAAAAGACGCCGCCGUUACUUCAGGCGCCGAUCCUCUUUCUUCAUUUUGAUGUAUGAUAUCCGUAUCCGAGAAAGAAGCUGAGUGAUCUUUACCAUGGCUACGUUCACGGGUGCUGGACCUUCCAGGCAGCGCUCUCUCAAGGAUCGGCUCAGAGAAGGCAUAACGGGGAGUUUCACUUGGCAAUCUCGGCGUGCGUCUCAAGACAUCACGCGUACCAGCGACAGUAUCGUGCCAUGGCAACGGAGCAAGAGCAGGAGUGUGGACCAUGGCUUCAGCCCGCCUUUCGACCUAGACUCUCUCCGCAGCAAAGUAGAGGGUCGUUUCGAGAGUGUUGGCAGGGACUCGGAUGGAGGUGGGGGAGGUGGCAGCGGAAAAGAGGUGGCCGCGCUGACCGAAAAGAAAAUGGGUAGGAGCCUCCCACCAGUCAAUACCAUCACUUACACGGUCAAAGCAUCUGACACCCUGACAUCAGUUGCAGCCCGGUUUGACACAACACCUUCAGAACUAACUAAACUGAAUCGACUCACUACCCGACUAAUAUUCCCUGGGCAAGUACUUUAUGUCCCGGACAAGCAGGGUUCUGGUACCUCUGGUGAUGAGAGACCUGGCACCAAUGCAAGUGAUGGUGACAGAUCUACUGUAUCUACGUCCAUAGCCACACAUCACCUGGAGGGAGACACUGAACUACCAGAGGAGAAAGAUAUUCUAGACAACCUACGGCCUGUGUCCCCAAAGCUGGUAUUGCCAGGACAUAUUGAGCACGUGGUAACACCCUUGUCACCCCUGACAUCACACACUGGUGCUGCUGCUCCUAGCAGUAAUGCCAGUGAUCAGCGAUUAGUGGCAAAUCAACGGAACUGUGAACGAUUUCUAAAAAUAAAUGUUCGCCAUAUCACUGAUGGACAGGGUGUUGUUUGUGGUGUGUUGCUGGUCACACCUAAUGCUGUCAUGUUUGACCCCAAUGUAUCAGAUCCUCUGGUCAUCGAACAUGGACCAGAGUCAUAUGGAGUCAUUGCUCCUAUGGAGUUUGUUGUAAAUGCUGCCAUCUAUUAUGAUAUUGCCCAUAUGAGAGUGGGACAUACAUCUGAUCUGCCAAGGUCUGAUGUUCCCAAACCAGAAAUUUACCAUGCUCAUGGAAGUCGCCACAAAGCAGCAUCUUCUGCAGAUAACCCUCAGAACUCUCCAGGCAAAGACUCGUUACUAGUCAAAGAUGAAACAUUUCCUGAAUUGGCACGUGCACGCUCUUCUUCUGACAAUGAUGAUGAAAAUGAGAGUGUCUGUUCAUGUGGAGCCAGUGGUCGUGAAGGUGAUGCCUUUCCCAAGGCUUUUGAGCGUGACCUAGUUACACCAACCAAUCUCAUGCUUCUGUCCUCAUCAGACAAUGAAGCUUCAGAUGGCCAGAAGGAGAGCAGCAGGCAAGUGUCCUUUGAAUCAUCAUGUUCUUCUGUCCAGCAUCAGAAGAGUCUUUCAGAUGGAACAGAUGGAAUAAAUGCAAAGCUCACAGAAGGAGAAAAGAUGGAGGAUGCAGAUGAUGACAAGACACCUGUGGAUACAUUUCAGAUGCUUGAAGAAAGGAGGAGAUCAUGUCUGGAUCAUCACUGGGCCAUUCCAAGUGUUGACAGAUCAUCAGUUGACAAGGAGAAUGGUGACAUUAUGGCCACAUAUGAGGAAAAGUGCAGCACCUCAAAAGCUGGUAUUUGUGAGGAUGUUGCAGGAAGUGAUGAGACUGACAGACGAGGACAGCUAGUGAAACUUAGCUGCCAUGAUUCUGGAAUUGACAUUAGAGAUACUGGUGUUUUAGAUUCUAUAGGUGCUGGGUCUCAUGUUCCUCCUGGCCAAGUAGAACCUGACCCUGUUUUACCUCUACAAAAGAAGGUGUUUUCAGAUGCGGAGAUUAUCAACGCAUCCCGUAAUGACUGGAUUCCACCUAAAACUGUUGCCCAGUUGUCUUCUGUCACAGAUACAGUAGGAAUACAGAGUGGUGAUGCUUAUAAUAGGAAGAAGACAUCAUCAGUGUCAUUUAGCCUGGAUUCUAAUGCUGACAAUAGUGGAGAAGGCACAACAACUAGUGAUGGAAAAGAAGGAACUGAUGAAUCUGGACAAAAAUCUGAUGAUCCAGAAAAACAUGAGAGCCGUAAAAAUAAGAUGCUGAAACGGUUGUCCUACCCCUUAGCAUGGGUGGAAGGCUUAACUAGUGAAAAGGAUGAGAAAGAAGCUUUAUCAUCUGUACCGAACUCAGCUGAUAGCCAGCAUCACUCGUCAGUGUUUUCUAAGGUGUUCUCAAGCUCGCCAAUCAACCUUGUGAGUGACUUCAGUACGGGUUUGUUCCUGACCAAGACUCCCAGCGAGGAGAGUAGCAAGUCCCCAGGCCCUGGGCCACCACCUCCAACCCCAGCCCCAGAUAUUGAAUCUGCUCCUGAUACUCCACAAUUGAAGAGUGAUCCAGGAACUACAGCUGCUGCAAUGGGGAUAGGGGUUGGUGGGUUCUCCAUUGCCGACACGGCUGGAGCCAUUAUGAGUGGUGUGGGACGUUCUUCAGUAGGUACGUUCAUCAGACCACAUUCUUCCUCAUCAACAUUUUCUGACACCCGCCCUCAUCAGUCAGCUGCACCAAAACUGGACUACCGAAGUAUGGUGUCAGUUGAUGAUAUGCCAGAGCUGUUUGUCUCUUUUGACAAAUUGAUCCCAAGACCAGCUAGGUCAUGUGAAGACCCUCCUCUGUACUUAAGACUUCGUAUGGGGAGGCCAAUCAACAAGAAGAUUCCAAAGUCAACACCCAUUAUGUCAUAUGGAAAAAAGAAGAUGAGGCCAGAAUAUUGGUUCAGUGUCCCACGUAACAGGGUGGACGACUUGUAUAACUUCCUUCUUCUCUGGGUUCCACAUCUGUAUGGUGAACUGGAAGAAAUGGACCCUAAGUCCCGAGGUUAUGAACUUGUAGAAUCAGACACAGAACUCUGGGAGGAUGAAGCAGGCGAGUCUGGUCCAGCUGGGAAGGAUGAACGUAGGGCAUCUGAUGAAGGAGAACUGACAGAACUGACACGUGAAUCUUGGGAGGUGAUCAAGGCCCCCUAUGCUAAGCUGUACACUAUUUUGAAGACCCAAACUAUGUCCGAGUCUGAGAGCGAGCCAGUGGGUGAGGAGGUACUGUCUAUGAGCGAGGAGCUGCGCCGGGCAUUGUAUGCCAGUAAUGCAGCUAGUCUCGACAUUGAACCAUUCAUCCCCGACUUGGUUGGUGUUACAGAAAUCUUCUCAGAAGAGCAUCGUAAGAAGCUGUGUCGUCAUCUCCCAGCUCGAGCAGAAGGUUAUGUAUGGACACUUGUGUUCAGUACAUCACAGCACGGCUUCAGUUUAAAUUCAAUGUACCGCAAGAUGAGUAGACUGGAAAGUCCUAUCCUCAUGGUCAUAGAAGACACAGAACAUAAUGUGUUUGGUGCACUGACAUCAUGCGCAUUGAAAGUGAGUGACCAUUUCUACGGGACAGGGGAAUCGCUACUAUUCCGGUUCACACCUGAGUUCCAGGUGUUUAACUGGACUGGAGAUAACAUGUACUUCAUCAAGGGCAACAAUGAGAGCCUUGCUAUUGGUGCUGGCGAUGGAAAGUUUGGACUGUGGCUGGAUGGAGACCUGUACCAAGGGCGAACUCAGCGUUGCAGUACAUAUGGCAAUGAACCACUUGCCCCACAGGAAGACUUUGUUGUGAAGACAAUGGAAUGUUGGGCCUUCAUAUAGAUGAACCUUAGAAGCAUCCUGCAAUCUGUGUAGAAGAGCUUUGCGCACUGUGCACUACUUGUAUUUGCCUCAAUGAGAAAGUUGAUGUGAGGUAUGGAGUAGCAGCCGUAACACUAGUAUGUCAUCUGGAGGCCAAAAUUUAAUCUUUAGUAGCAUGUCGUAAUGAUAUUGAAGCUUAGUUAGUGAUUUGAUUCUCUCCCCCUUAUCCAGCAAGAAACAGAAACAUGUAUUGCACCUGAGCUUCCAUAAUUUUUUGUAUGAUAUAUGUAAAAUUAUUUUCUUUACGUUUUUAUUUUAUUGAUUUUUAAUUGUGAAGUUUAAUUGUAAAAACAUGUGUGGAACAGUUUUCCAUUGUGUUGACAUUGGUAAUUACUUGUACAUAUGUGCAGAGUUUUAUUGCCUGAAGUAUGCAGGACGUAAUGAGGAGCCGGAGUAAUAGCACUCAGUUUGUGUCCUUGGUGAGGUUGUUUCUUUCUUCAUUUCAUAUUAAUUAAGUAAAGUGGACUCACUAGAUACUAUUAUUUAACUAACUAAGCAAGGAAAUAGUGGUGCUGUGGAUUGCAUGUCAAAGGCAUAAAAUGGAUUCAAAGGAUAUGUUGAGUGUGGUGAAUGAAGACAGGAUGUGGGCAGAUAAAAAGCUGUUUUUUUGUGAUGUUUGAUAUUUGUACAAUGAAGAGUCUGCAGGAAAGGUUUGAGUUUAAGUAUCUUAAUUGAUAGUGGUAACGAAGAGUGGCCAAUCUCUUUCUCUUUCUUGGAGGGAAAAUUUUAAACUAGUCGUGGGCCUGUACACUGGUGAGAAGUUCUUUGCACCAAGACAGACAUACAGAUGUGAGGAAGUUCUAUAUGGAUUGGUAAUGUUUUGUACCAAACAACGAAUACUUUCUGCAGGGUUUUGUGACUGAAGAUGUAUUAUAUUCUGUUGUGCUGUUCACUUCAUUAACUGGUUUCUAUCAGACCCUGAGGGUGACUGUCACUUGGGUAAUUUAUUUUUAUAAUUGUAAGCAGUAGUGCAGAGCUACCAUGCACACUUACUGCUGUGAACUGUAAUGCUGGACCAUGACAGAUUAGUAAUGAGUAACAGCAAAGACAACAUUAUGCAUGUUUGAGGAAAUUUUCAAAUACAAAAAGUUUUAAGGAACCUUAAUUUGUGCUGAUUGUAUAAAAACACAUUUUUGUUAUUGGGGUUCGUGAGGGCUGCUAUAUCAGAAUGAAGUACAUGACAGUAGAAUGACAGGAUAUGAAUUAUGUCACUAGACCUGCGGAGGAAAGAAGGUGUAAUCAAACGAAAGUAGAAAAAAAACCUUUAAUCCCCAAAAUGUUUCGCUGUUACUGUGAGUAUGUAAUUAGUGGUAAUAGAAUUGAGAGAGUGUAUUUGGUUGUAUUGUAUAGAGUAAGCAUUUGUUUUACUUCAGCACUCUAUAAUCACAGAGUUGACUUAGGAUGGGAGAGAGAAUAUUUAUGUAAACUGUAUUUCAAGUGUUACACCAGUACCAUUAGUUGACAACUGUUUGUGUAAUUUAGAGCAGCACUCCUUCCAUACCAUGUAUUUAUUUUGUUCAUCAUAUAAUGGGCUGUUGCAGAGUCCAUGUGCAGGUUUGCUGUUUCAUUAUUACUGUGGCAUCUUUGAAAGGCUUAGAAGGGAUAGAAUAGUUAAGGUAGACUAUAGAGAUUCAUGUUUAAACAGUGUUCCAUAAUGAUGCCAUUGGUGAGCAGUACCUCAAACAUUUGAUAUGAUGUAAGAGUUUUUAACAAGAAGCCUGUUUACUAAUUUGGUUUUGUGUUUGUUUGUUUGUUCAUUCUAUUCCUGCUACUACCACAACCAUUUCAACCACCACCGUUGUUAUUUUUGUCCAUUAGUAAAAUUUUAAAUAAAAUAUCUUAAGUGUAAUGAAGAUUUUUCUGAAUUGUGUGAUAAGAAAUGAGGACAAUGAAAAUUAUAACAUCCUGUUAUGAGUCAUCUCUAGUGGUUACCUCCUUUGUUUCUUCACAGCCGUCAUCUGCCGCUUGCCAGAUUUAAUGUGGUCAUCAUAUUUCACAUGUUUGUAUGGAAACAAAAAUUAUUAGAUGGUGUUUUAAAUGUGUUGGAGCUAGCAUAUGAUGACUUUUGUUGCUACUCUACCUGAUAUUAUAGAAUGCUACUGUCACAAUAUCAACAUGUGCUCAAACUAGCUCACACACAAAAAUUCAUCAGAAUCAGUUUUGUUAUUUAUUUCUGUUACUUAUUCCUGCAGUCCUUUUAGUUUAACAGUAAUCUGAGUUAAAUGGUGUUGAUUUUAUAUUAUAAAGUUUUGUAUUUCCCCUGUCUUUAUGUUUAUAUAGCAGUCCUGUAUCAUAUAAAUUGUCUUUCAAAAAUAUUUUAGUAAUUGUACUGUGUUUAUUUCAUACGUUUGUAUAAUAUUUGUAUUACGGUUAUUUUUUCACUUUGUUAUUUACUUCAGCACUUUACCAUGUUUUCGUGUUUAAUUUGGUUGGUUAGUGUAUGUUUCUUGUUCAAAUUGGUCAGGGCCUCGUUUGAUUGCCCUGAAAAUCAGAAACCAACAUUUUCUUUGAAGUGAUCACUUGUAUAGGAAAAGUGACGAACAUGUGGAAACCUUCUUAGGGGUGAUUAAAGCAUUUUGCAGGUAAUAUUUUCUGUGUUGCUUGAACCUCACUUAUUUUGUGAGAAGAAGGAAUGUCAUAUUAUGUAUAUAUAAUUCAUGGCUGUUUUACUGUUAAUGAACAAUUGUGUACAUUCCACAGUUAGUUGGCUUACAAAACUAAAGUGCAUAUGAAAGCAAUCAAGUUGUAGGUGAAACCUUUGGCUUGUCCAGCUUUAUGUUAAGUUAUUAACAGAUGGUGAUUUGCAUAAUUCGUAUUAAAACAUUAAAUGUUAAUGAGUCAUUGCUGUUAAAUUGAAAAGUCACAUGCUUUAGCUGAACAGUAUUGUUACAUCACUUGGAGAAAUGAAAAUUAUGUUGCUGUGUACAACUGGUUGAAGGUCAAGCUUCUCCACCACACAGAAUUAACUGAUCUGGAUUAACAGAGUUUCAAAAUAUUGCAUUUUUAAUGAACAACUAUAAUCUUAGUAAUACUCAUGAAUUUUGGUAGGCCAGUGUUGGAUUCCUUCACAGUGUGACUUACUCGUAAAGUUGUGAUAUUGUCAGGAAAGAUGGACAGUGUCUUUGCAUUGGUUCACAGAAAAUACAGAUUGCGUUUUGGCCCAUAAUGCAGCAGGGGUUAAACAUUUUUUUGGUAAUGCGAAAUACAUAUUAUGUGGACCAAUGUGUCAAAAUACUGCAUCACCUGUAGUGCAACAUCUGAUUUCCGUAUCAUUGCCAUGAAUUCGUCUGGUGACUAGUCAGUUUUCCCUGUCCUGUAGUCCCUCUCUUCAUCUACCUGCAAGCAGUAGUUUAACCUCCUGCAGUUCCUUCUGUGAAACAGAAUAUCUAAACCUCUUGUGUGCGCAUUUAUAAGCAUCUCAAUUAUAGGAUAAAAACAGGCCUUUUAAUAUGAAUCAUUUCGAAAAGUAUUAUUCUGUGAUUUUGAUAUAUAAAAUAAAAAAAAAGAUGCAAAUCUUUCCUGUAGUUUUAAAGUCUUAAUGAUGAAUAAGGGCUUUAAUGUCAAGUUAAACAUUGAUGCGUAAUGUUUGAAAGAAUUGAAUGCCCUCAACCUGAUGUCAAUUAGUUUACAGACUGAACUCAGCAGAUAAAAGAAUGCUUUUCAAGUUUCAUGAAUAUUGUUAUAAAUAAUAAUAAAAAGGACUUUUAAUGUUCGAAAUCUGCUGGAUAUCUUGAGAUCUUAAAAAAAGUGUCAGAAAACUUUGAUGAGUACUAUUUGCUCCUUAUCAUAUAAUAUUACAUUUACCAAACCUUCAAACCUGUUGCCUCUUGUUAUAUAAAUAUAUAAUAAAAUGAAAUAAAGGUGGAAGUGAAAGUGAAAUAAAGUGCAAACAGAACAAAAAUUAAAUUUUGCCUGCAAGAAGCCGAUGUCUAGGUUGUGAGUUCUGUUACACUAUGUUUUGGACAUUUCUUGUUGGAAUGUUCUCUGGGAACAUUUGUGCCUGUGAUAUGUGGUAUGUCUAUGCUGACUGCUGUGAGCCUUGAACAGUUGAUAAAGGUAAGGCAUGAGGCACUACUGGUUCAGUUAAUUACAGUUUUUGUCACAAUUUGCUCUUGGAAAACAUUCCAGCCACCAAGUAUUUUGCUAUUAGAAUGGUGAAGUGUGUUGGGCUCACUGCUAUUUAAUAACACAAUGUGAAAUUAAAUAUUUAGCUUUGUAUAUUUCCAUACAUAAACAUCCCUAGGAACCAGAUGUAUAUCAAGUCACUUGCUGUUACAGAGCUGAAGCCAAAUAGUAUGUUCUUCCAAACCAAAACAUUUCCAUCUGAAAGCCACAGUUUAUGUCAGAGAAUGGAAGAAAAUUGAGUACUGAUAAGAGAGUUGGAAAUAGGUGUGAGAUUUUCUGAAAAUUGUGAAGAUAUUGUAUUUAUUACAGUAUGUUGAAGUAGUAUAAAUGACUGUGCCCACAGUACUUUAAUGAAAGGACAUAUAAAAUGAAAUAUGAUGCUUAUAGCAAAGUCUGAAUCAAUCCAUGUACCUAAAUUUGGAGGGAGUCUGUAAAGCCUGUUUUCACUUGCUAUUGAAAUACAAAGCUGUUCAGAUAAGUAGUAGUAGGAAUUUGAGUAAGAUAUCAUCUUCAUAGCACAGAAAAUGUUAAGAUACGGAAGUCAUUAAAUAUUUUUGAAACCUUCCUGAUUUUCCUCAAAGCAUAAUGGUUAAUUUAAAGUUAUAUAGAGGUUAUAGAUUGCUGACAGAAAGUAAUGUUGUGUAAUGUGUAGACCCCGUUGUUAGUCAUCAGAUGCAGUGACUGCAAUCCUAAAUAUAUAACAGCUCGAGAAAUAGUUUUUGACAUGGUUAAAUUUGAUGUUUUGGUUUGGAAGUUCAGUGGCAUCACCAAUCGUGUGACCUAUCACCAGGCUGUGCUAUUUGUGCUGAACAACAACCAAACUACUGCGACCAUAUAGUAUAGUUUAGUAUAUAAAUGCAGUGGAGUGCAGAUGUUGUCAUCUCCAUUAUAACUAUUACUAGAGAGCAUAGACUUGUACUGAUGUUGAAUAUUGAGUGUGACCUAUAGCUAUUCUUGUAUGCGUGUUGCUGUUUAAAUGAGAGGACUCAAAUUGUGUACAAAAUGUAUAUACAUAUACAUAUAUAUAUAUAUAUAUAUAUAACAUUAUUACUAAAUAUCAUAAAGAAUAAUGAUUCUAUAUUAGUUACCAGUCAAUAUACAUUUGAAGGAAAUGGAAUGAAAUGUUGCUGAAGCUGUAGUAUAUUCAAAGAAAACAAGUCUUGUUAACAGUCUGGGAAAAAGAGAAAAAAAUAAAGUAAAAUGACCAUUGUUGGUGUCUUCA